CGAGAGGCGGCUCCCCUGAUUAUGAAGCAGGGAUGAAUGGUUCGGAGCGCGGCCCAGCCCCAGGUGAGGAGGAUGGUGGGGAGCCCGAGGAAGAAGGGGAAGAGGAGGAAGAAGAGGUCGCUGCUGGGGAUGUGGAUGCCGAGACUGCGCCGGGUGGGCGGAAGGUUCGUGGUGGGCGGAAAGCCCGGGGUAGGCCGCGCCUCACCGAGUCUGACCGGGUACGACGACGCCUCGAAUCCCGCAAGAAAUACGACGAGCGGCGAGUCUACCUGGGCGAGUCUCACGGCUCGUGGGUGGACCUGAGGCAGCGCAGUGGCUGGAGUGACGCCAAGCUGGCGGCUUAUUUACUGGAACUGGAACGAGAACAGCGGGCCGGGCGCCGCGGAAAACCAUGGGAGCAGAUCCCUUAUGAACCACAGCAAAAGAAAAGAAGAAGGCGAAAUGUGAACUGCCUGAAGAACACAGUCAUCUGGUAUGAAGAUCACAGGAAUCGCUGCCCUUAUGAGCCUCAUCUCUCUGAGCUGGAUCCCAACUUUGGGAUGUACACCACAGCUGUGUGGCAAUGUGAAGCAGGGCACCGCUAUUUCCAGGACUUACACUCCCCACUUAAACCACUCAGUGAUUCUGAAAAUGAAUGUGACAGUGUUGCCAAUGGCACUGAAGCUGGAAGCUCUGAGUCUUCAGAAGAGAACUCUAGCUCUGAGACAGAGGAACAGCUCGAGAAUCAGAAAGACAAACCCCAGGUUCGACAACCCUCAGCAAAUACAGAAGGAGAAAAUACCAGUGGCCUCAUCACACAAGAUGGCAUUCAUAUUCCAUUUGAGAACUUACGAGAAGAACAGGGUGCUAGCAUGUGCCACAAUCCAUCCCUCAAUGGACCAGAGACAAUGGAAGCUGUGGUAUGCAUGCCAGUGCCCAUGCAGAUGGGUUCAGGUCACGGAACACUGUUUGAAAACGUUUCACAAGAGACACUUGGAGAAGUAGUAGCUAGCUGCCCUGUGCAAGAUAUGAUGCAAGGUUCACAGGUGAUCAUCAUUACUGGACCUGGUUAUGAUUCUCUCACAGCAGAGGGAAUCCAGCUGAAUGUCACCAGCACAGGAGAAGAGUUGCCUUGUGCUAUGAUUGAGGAUGUAGCACCUUAUACUCAAGAAGAGCCUGAGAAUGGAGAGCAAAGUAGCACGGAAAAUAUGGAAUACAUCAAAACCAAAAAAGAAAAAAAGGCAUUCUUUAAACUCAAAAAAGAAGGGCAUCCUCCUCCAACAGAAAUAGAAACAUCCUGUGACUCAAAACCAGCCCAUGAGAGCAGAGGGCAGGAACCAAAGCCUGAACCUGAGGAGGAGAUGGAAGGAAACAACAUGUCAUCCAUUAUUUAUGAGAUUCCAAAGGAGCCUGAAAAGAGGCGACGGAGCAAAAGAGGUCAUGUCAUAGAUGCAGAUGGCAUGUUGGAGAUGUUCCACUGUCCUUAUGAAGGAUGCACCCAAGUCUAUGUAGCACUUAGUAGCUUCCAGAAUCAUGUUAAUCUUGUUCAUCGGAAAGGAAAAACAAAAGUGUGCUCACACCCAGGUUGUGGCAAAAAGUUUUACCUGUCUAAUCAUCUCCGAAGGCACAUGAUAAUCCAUUCAGGAGUCCGUGAAUUUACCUGUGAAACUUGUGGAAAAUCCUUCAAGCGGAAGAACCAUCUGGAAGUUCAUCGUCGAACACAUACUGGAGAGACCCCUCUCCAGUGUGAGAUUUGUGGCUAUCAAUGCCGUCAGAGGUCUUCUCUCAACUGGCAUAUGAAGAAGCAUACUUCAGAAGUCCAAUACAACUUUACUUGCGAGUACUGUGACAAACGGUUUGAGAAGCUGGACAGUGUCAAGUUCCACAAACUAAAGAGCCACCCAGACCAUAAGGCUGCCUGACCCUGAUCAUGAGUCACUUUAAUUAUUGUUCCUCCAAAUAACUAAACCAGUUGAGGGCGUAUCUUACAUAGUCACAGCUGAAAACAUGGUAUGUGCUACCCACAGCACAAGGGCCUAUUCUUCUGGUUAGGAUGAUACGGAGUAGUUUUUUUAAGACCGGAUGAUGACUGACAAAAACUUUUAAGUUUGAUAUGCAAGUGUGCUCAGGGUGUCGGACAGCAUAAAGUUAAAACAUCUUAUGACUGGAGAUUAUGGUGUUAAACUGACCUGUUUUUCAAGGGGAAAAAACAACGGAAGUAAUGUCAAGAAUGAUUUUAUCCAAUUAAAGUAUCGGUACUUUGCUAUCCACUGGCAGCACCUUCUACAUUUUAGCCACCUGAUACUUGAUCUGAAGGAGGAGUGCAGUAUGAAAGGUCUAGUUGCAUAUCAUUUAACUAUGGAGAGACUACUUCCAAUGUAUAGUUGCAGGUUAGUUCAAGUGAAUGUUUUAUAUCUAUUGACAACAGUGAAAGAAAAUUAUUGGUUGAUAUGCAUUAAUUCAAUUUCCUUGAAAUAGUUGGUUGAACAUUGUCAUAAGCCUAAGCAUGGUUCUGUUUCAGGAACUAUUUUCCCUUUUAACACUCAGGGCUAUUGCAUUUGAAGACAAUCCAGAGUUGGCAUUUAUCCCUGUUUUCUUGAUAUAUUGGUGUUUUAUAAAGCACAGAUUCCUAUACUGGGUAGACUUGGAUUCCAGCUGUAAGUUACUUUAUUAUUCUGGUUAUCUGUGGCCAUCCUCUAUAGUAUGCUAUAUUCAUAAUCUUGUUUGCAAAUAAGAAAUUUCUAAAAUUUAAUGCCAUCAGCGUAUUUUUAUUAUACUAUUAAAAAAACAUGGCUUUUGUCUUUAAAAUGCCAUUCAAUCCUUAGGUCUAAGUUAAAAAAAUAUUAAAUGUGAAAAUUGAUGGAGAUUUUUUUUCUAUAGCUGAAAUUGACAUGGCUCUGUGAGAACACUCAUAACUAGGUGUGUGUCAUUUCUUCACCACUACCACCACUCCUAAAAAAUCAUCUUUUUGAAGAACCUGUUUAUAUGGAAUUGUCAGCAGACAAAAUAGCUUAGUUGGGUCAGAAUUUUGUGGGGCCCCUCCAUUCUGGGAUGGAGGAGUAGGAAGAGCUCCUUUAUGUUAGUUUAGAUAGUUCUACUUUUAGAGAUUAUUUUGUGUGGCUGUUCUUGCCAUGUUCCUCAAAGAUGUAUAAGCCAUUGGUGAACUGAAUUUAAAACUUGCCAAACUUUUGCUUCCUGUUUUCUGAACUUACAGGUGCUAAAAUGGACGGACCUUCCAGAUACUGCAUUCCAGCUCCCCAUUAUGUCUUAGUAACCAUUGUUGCUCUUGGUGAAGGAUCAAGGCAAUGUGGAGGCAGCUCCAGAUAUUUCUUAUCAUUUUGAGAGAGAAGCUGGCUAAAUGAAAUUAGCUUGUCGUCUUGCACAUUUUUUUCCUUAGCCCAGGCAAGGAUCACCCUAAAAUCCAAAUAGAACCAGAUCAGAGUGGAAAGGCAAGUCUGGAGAGAUUCUUAAAGAAGCACAAUAGUGUGUUCACAGACAAAUCAAGGACCAAAGAAUGAUGAGCUCACUGUGCUUCUGAAGAGGCCAGCCACAGCUGCUGGUGAAACAUCAGGUCAGCAGAAAACUAGAUCACAGCCAUUCAGCCUGAAAGUUCAUCACUCCUUGAUUAAUGCUAGCUGUGAAAGCCUAUCACCAGUAAAAUGGGGGUCAUUAUUUUUAUUGAAUACAUGAUCAGCAUUGGAAUACCCAGUAGGAAAAAGAAUUAUAUCCUUGAACAGAUGAGAAGCACCCUGGAGAAAGGAGACUCAAUACACAAUGGAAUUUGGUGAUUUUGAACCCUCUGUCAAGGUUCCAACUGAUGAGCCCAACCAAGCCAGCAAGUCAAGACAAUCAGAUCUCUUUAAGCAUAACUUCAUUGAGUACAUCAUUUCGGCACGCAUGAAGCAAACCCAGCUCUAGCUAGUUCCCAGUUUUUGGCUAAUUAAAGAAUGAAUUCUUUCCUUCCCACCUUUGACCAGGUCACAUUGUCCAGUUAAUUGUUUUGGUCUCUAUGGCCACUCCUUCAAGCUACUGCAAAACGUCUGUUGAGAUUACCUUGGUUUCCAUGGGAUGAUUUGUUUGGGCUAACAUUCCAAACCCCCCCCCCCCCCCCCCAAUAGUCUGUGGCAAACUCUGAAAUGAAAAGACAGCAACAGCAGGGCACACUUUGAAGUUGACAGUCAGACCCCCUAGAAAGUCAGCACCUCGAAAAUAAGCACACAGUUAUUUCAGGGGUUCCUUGGCUUCUGGGGAUAUUUCUCGUGAAAUUUCUGUACUGAUCUAUCUACUCUCAUGUUCUGUGCUUUUAUCCAUUGGAUUCUGAAAUUGGGUACCUGGACUAGGUAUUGGAGUUUUCCCUUGUAUAGUCUGGAAGCCAGAAUCUGUUUAACCUUGUAAUGUUUCUCCCAAUGGCACUCUCCCUUCUCCCCACUAUGAUCAGGCCUGGGGUAAUCUUAGCCACUGAUCUUGGUUCAGACCCACCAUUGGCUUAAACAAACUGCAGUGGAACAAAUAGGUGAGAUAGUUUUAACUGUAUUGUGACUGGACCCUUUUUGCAAGGAAAUUUGAACUUGUAGACAUAUACUUUCUCUCCUAUGUGGAAUGGUUUCUGGGGCAACUGCUUCUUGUCUGCCUGAACUUUCUGAUUUUGGGUCGCUUUAGUUAGUGCUUGCUUUACAUUUCCCCAGGCAUUUUGGAAGGAACCCACCCACUCAGUCGAGCUUAGUGGGAAAGGAGGCUCCCUAGGGUACUCUAGCAUAGGCACAAAAUCCACCCCGUAGCUACUUUAAAAGGGGUGAGUCCCGUACUGCUAUGCACUAUGUUAUUGUAGGCAACCUCAGCAAAUGGCAGGUCUGCCCAGUUAGAUUGCUGAUAGUUGACAUAGCAACACAGGUUUUGUUUUAUGGUGUUCACUGGUUCUGUACUUGGUCCUGUUUGUGUUUGGAUGAAAUGCCAAGCUAAGCCUUUGGAAGGAUCGUAUCAUUUUUAUUCCCUCCAGAACUUAACAAUGAAUUGGAACACCCCCCCCCCCCACUCCGAGAUGAUUCACUUUAGCAGCCCAUGCAAUCGGUAGAUAUGUUGAAGAAACAUUUUAGCCAGUCUCUGGGUGGAUGGGGGGCUUGAGCAGGUGAUGAAGUAAGCUUGCUUGGAAAAUAAGUCUAUUACUGUCCAAAUCACAGUAUUUCCCCCACUCUCUAGGAGUUUGACUAUGAAAUCCAUUGUGAUCUCAACCCAGGGCCAGGUUGGCUCCACCACUUGUUGCAGCAAGUCUGGGCUCUUCCCUGGUCUUUUUUUUUCACUGCCACACACACUGUGCAACUUUUCACGUAGCUGUGUCUUUCUUCAUCCCUGACCACCAGAACUGUCUCUUAACCAAAUGCAAAAUCUUUAAGAACCUGAAGUGGCCAGCUUGCUUGGUGUCCUGGCUCCGUUGCAGGACUUGGACUUGUAGGCUUUUGGGAACAUACAGCUUGUAUCCCUUCCAUGCCAGCUCUUCUCUCGAUGUUAGUUUAUUCCCAUGGACUCCAAACCAGUUAUCCUACUGUAACUCCUUUUUCAUCUAUUGAGUCAGCUCACUGCUGGGGUCUGGCAACUUCGUUGCCUGUUGCCUUGUGGUUGCUUAUGCUACCCGCUACUUUGGGGAGAUGAUUGAAUUUACAACUUCUCAGUUUACUUUUGUACUGUGG